GACACUGGAACUUAGCGAGCUAAUAUUCUGGGCUUUCCUCGCUGGAGUUAUCACACAGCGGGACCCUACUGUACGGUGACAUUGUUGAUGUGGUAACACGUAGAUAUAUUUUCCGAUGCGUGUGUGCUUUUGUAUUUUUUUUCCUCAUAAGCAGGAAACACUCAGUGCUGUAGUUAGCCUGUGCUAACUCGCGUUCAGUGUCCCUCUCUUGCGGUUUUUCUGGUUUCAUUUCUAAACAGCAAUUAACGCAGAGCCCGACGAUAUCAAAUGUUAACUGUUAAAAGUUAAAGAGUGCACUAUAAUCAGACAUUUUAGUUAUAAAACACUCAUGCCAAAGUCUGAGAGGUUUCAUUGCUAUUUGUAGCAUGUUAGCUGUGUGGCUAGUGAGUGGCAGGUCAUAUUAUGCUCGAGAGAAAAUAUAUUCGUAAAAAUGAACUAUAGAAACUGUUCAAACGGAUUGCAUUUAACAUAACAAUUUCUGUUCGCUUUGGUGCUUGUCAGGUUGAUACAUGCUGAUGUUUAAUAGUUCAGCAUCGUUUUUGUCAUGCUAGCGAGGUGGCUGUGUAACCACACUGUAUGUUCAGCUCUUAGAAUAUUGGCAGGCACUAUAGUAAUAUUUUCAGUGAAGUGUUAUUGUGUAGUUUGCUGUACAUAUGGUUUGUUUCUCUUUAUUUGAGCAGAAUUGUAGUCACAGCUGCUUAAAUCAAGCUAAUACACCAAUGCUAACAUUGACUGAAGUUACAGAGAAGACUGGACAGGUUUAAAGCCAAAUCCACAACAUGACAAUUGCUUACUGUGGAGGAUGAUCAAUGCCUUUUCUUCAGCUUUAGAAAUAUGCUACUGUCAUUCAGAAUGAACUGAGAUUAUAUUGUUGAGAUUGCUAUAGUCCUAGUGUAUAGGGAAAUAAAUUAGUUUUCAUUUCAGAUAAAUCUCUAAAGAUCUGGUUAAAAAUCAAUUAGGUUCAUAUUUACAUAUCUCAUUUAGAUGAAUGGGAAAGGUUUACAGAGUUGUUUUGAAAAACCAGUGAUGGAUGAAAUUACUCUCUCAGGACUGAAGCUGCAUACCAUAUUUUUAUUAAGAACAACAGAAGCAUAUUAAAUACAGCAGUGAAUAAAAAAUUAAAUUCCUCUGCAGUUGUUCAUUGAUAGUAUGCAUAUCUGUUGACACCUUCAACAUUACUUCAGAUUAGUUCCUUAAGUGAAACAAGUUUGCUACAGUGUUAUUUAUAUUUCCUAAACAAAAAAAAAUUGUUAGGCUACUUGUUCCGAUCCUGUAUCAGUUCAUUUGAAUAGAAUGCCCCAGAAUCAUUGGCACACCAGAGAUUGAUGGGUUGAUAAUGAUCAUGUUCAGAAUACCUUGAUCUUAACUAUGUCACAAGAACAGCUUGUUUAUUUAUGGAAUUGUGUUUGUUUAAAGUGCUGGAAAGUUGUAAAGAAACCAAACCAAGCAGUUUUGAUGAUCCCUCAGGAUGAAUGUUUUCAUAUAGCCCCUGGGUCGCAAUUGUGCCAAAAACUCUUGAUGAACUGCACUACAAACAAGGGUCUGCUCGAAGAACAUGUGAAUGAUCUGUUGAUGCUGAAAGAACACAGAUCUGAGUAUUUUCUAGGGUGUCCCACUCUCUGCUAGUUUUUAGGGAGCCUUUUAUUUACAAGUUAAAUAAAGUCCAGCCUGGAGUCCAAUGGAGUAACCAAUCCAGUGACUUCGGUAAGGGAACUUAAAGAACUCGAAACACCACCCACCUGGGUUGUCUCAUCGAGAAACGAUAAGAUGGGCUCUCAAGCUCUUCAGAUAUUGCGGCAGGGAGUGUGGGCCUCUCUGACUGGUGGAUGGUACGUGGACCCUCAUCAGAGUACCUUCUCCAAUUGCUUUCAUCUCUACCUCUGGAUAUUCUUCCUGGCCUUCCCCUUUCUUCUGUACAUGGCCCUUCCUCCCAGUUUAGUUGUUGCUGGUGUGUACUGUGUGGUGAUAGCAGCCUUCUUCACUGCCGUAAAAGCAGUGAACUUUCGGCUACACUCCAUGUUUGACCUGGGCGAGAUUGUGGAGAAGAGGCAGGCCUCAUUCACCACAGACCCCCAGGGGGUGGAAGAAGGGGAGGAAGGCUCUGGAGCUCACAACGGAAGCCAACACAGGGAUAGUGGUGUUGGUGUGGAAAUGACGGUGUUCCGGAAGGUGAACUCCACCCCUCCUGUACGCUGCAGUUCCCAGCAUUCUCUGUUUGGAUUGAACCAGGUGUCGGAAUUUUUACCACAGCUAGAAGACCCUGGAGGCUCAAAGGGUGUGGCACCUUCUUGCCAGUCUGGGGAUUACAGAGGGCUAAUUGGAGUGGUUGAUGUAAUGUCAGCAGGUUUUGGUGGCCAGCACCCAACAAGCUGUCUUUCUAUCCCCCCGUCCCCCUCCAGCCAAGAAGAUGGAGAUGAGAAAGAGCAGGUGGAGAAUGGACGUAUGCAGCAGCAGAGCCCUGAGGGAGAGGGGCUUCGGGGCUACUCUCCUCUCGGACCCUCAGCUGAGUCGGAGAGCCUUGGAGAUCCCUUCACACCUCUCAUCAAGAGUAGCUUGAGCGAAGAGCUGAGCGAGAAUCUGAUGGGUUUGGGUCUGGACCCUGUCACUUUUGCCCCUGGUGCUGAGCACCCAGGCAACCGCACCGGGGUGGCUCUGGCUGCAGGCUCCACCGACAGCUGCUUUAGUGGAGGUGGAGCUGCCACAGACAGAGAGACUCUCAGUACAGUCAGUAGCUACCGUAGCGAGAAGACAGACUCAACCCAGCUUGAGAGCCCCUCACUGGGUAAGACACAUCAGCCUCUGUCUAAUACUCCCUCCACAGUUUUGCCUCAGGGUAUAGGCCCCUUUCAGCAGCCAGCAGAUGUAAUGCAGGGGGGCAGCGACACUGAUGACCUUUCAGACAGCGUGCUGCUGCGUUCACCCUCCAAAGAGCUUUCCUCUGGGCAGGGCCUUGACAGAACUCUGGUAGAGGGAGAGGACCUCCCCCUUUUGCUUACAGACAUUGCACAGCAUUCCUUGAAGGACUCGUCACCACCUAGCAGUGGGCCUUCUGAUCCCUGUAAUCUGGACAGUGGCAACCCCAUACCCCCUCUCCCUCCACCACGCCAGGCCAGCUCUGUACCCUCGGGCUUGGCACUUGGCUUGGUCUGCUCAGAGCCUGCCCUGCCUGUUUCCACCCCAUCCUACCUCCUAGCAGAACCACCAUCUCUCCAAACCCAGCAGCAGGUGGUGCGGCCUAAAGAUCUUAAGCUUUUACGUUCUGGAGGCAGUGUGGGUCAUCGUCCUGGCCGCAGGAAAGCUCCACGUAAACGAGGCACCGCUGGAAGUAGCAGUUUUGAUUGUGGCUCCUACCGCCGGCAUACCAACCGUGGACAGCACAGAGACUACAUCCCUGUACGCAAUCGGCUGGGUGCCAAAGCCUACAGUGAGAGCUUGUUCGAGGACUCUAGUGAUGAAGACGAUGGUAGCGACAUGAGUGCCGGCUCCAGUCUCGGCUCCCAACGUCGCUUCAGCUCGGACGAUGAAGACAACGAUGAAGAUGAUGAUUCAAGCUCCUCUACCUCCUGUUACUCCCAUGAUCAGGCUAAUGCCUCCCAAACUGGGCCAGGCCCUCAGCUACCUAGCCCUGGAGAGGGGGAGGAACCUGAUACUGUUGGCCCUGCCCAUUCUCAUAGUGCUCAACGCUCUGCCAGCACGGCCAGUGCCAAGACUCAUGCCAGAGUGCUCAGCAUGGAUGGAGCUGGAGGAGGUUCCAACAAAGGGACCCUUGCUUCUAAUCUUAUACCUUUAAACCCUUCCUCCACUCCUGUGCCACGUCCUCUCACCAUCUCUAAAUCAGACCUGGAGGCUCGGACAGUGCACUCAGAGGGCUUCUCCAGGGUUCACCACAGACUAGACUCCCUUGGGGGCUCCUGGGCUGGGAACCAGACAGGCUGGAGAGCAGGAGAGCUGCUUGAAGAGGGGGCAGUUGGAGGAGCUCUGGCUCCAGAGGAGGGCAGUAAACGUGAUUCUGUGAGCAGUGUAAAGAGGACACAGGCCAUUCGCAGGCGACACAAUGCAGGCAGUAACCCCACCCCACCCCCUUCUGCCAUGGGCUCUCCCCCUAGUCUUCAGGACCUCCAGAGAGUCCGUACUUCCUCUCACUCUCGUACAAGAACACUCCCCUCUGCUUUGCACUUUGCCGCCUCUUCCCUACUGCUGCUACCACCCCGCAGCGGUGUUCACGAAGCAUCCACCUUUGAUGACACGUCAGAGGGAGCCGUGCACUACUUCUAUGACGAGAGCGGAGUAAAGAGGUCUUACACAUUUGGACCUGCAGGAGGAGGAUAUGAGGACCCAAUGCAGGAGCGUGAGCGUGAGCGGCAGUCACAAUCCUCCAGCUUUACCUCCACUGAUGUCCAGGAGGUGGUGCCAGUGCGGUCCAUGUUGCAGCCCAGACCGGUGGUCCUCCAGGGCAUGCAGGUCCGCAGGGUGCCGCUAGAUAUGCCAGAGUUUGACCUUGAUCAUGAGUCACCUCACGAAUCCCAGGAGAACACACUGAUGAUUGUAGAGAAGGCCAAGCCUAAACUGUAUUACAGAUUCUGGGUGCUACCGGGGAAAUGGCUUAGAAUUCGUUAUGACAGGCUGGCAUUGUUAGCCUUACUGGACAGGAACCGACGUGUGGGGGAAAACGUGUUUGCUGUUGUGUUGGCCAGCUUAGUGGCCUUUCUCGGCUUUCUGCUACUUCUCCAGGGCUUCUUUAGAGACAUCUGGGUCUUCCAGUUCUGCCUGGUCAUUGCCAGCUGUCAGUACUCUUUGCUGAAGAGUGUCCAACCCGAUGCAGCAUCCCCGAUGCAUGGCCAUAACUGGAUCAUUGUGUACAGUCGACCGGUGUAUUUCUGCCUGUGUUGUGUGCUAAUCUGGGUGUUUGACCUAGUCGGCCACUCGGACCAUCUGCCACCUUUCACCCUCUAUGGGGUCACCUUCUUCACUGCCCACUUCCUUCUCUGUGCUAGAGACAUGCUCAUAGUGUUCAGCCUCUGUUUUCCAAUCAUCUUCCUGUUUGGGCUUCUACCUCAGGUCAACACCUUCUUCAUGUGUUUACUGGAACAGGUUGACAUGCACAUUUUUGGUGGAACUGCCACCACAAGCCCCCUUUCAUCAGUCUACAGCUUGAUGCGGAGCAUUUUCAUGGCAGCUCUGGUUUAUGGAUUUUGUCUUGGUGCCAUCAAUGCUCCAUGGGGAGAGGCACAUGUUCCAGUGCUCUUCUCUGUGUUCUGCGGCCUUCUCCUCGCCUUGUCCUAUCACCUGAGCAGGCAAAGCAGUGACCCUACCGUUCUCUGGUCUUUGGCCCGCUCAAAGUUCUUUCCAGAUCUGGAAAGCCGAUCACCAGAAGAGCCCCCACUAGAGAUUAAAGACCCUCUCCCAGAGAAACUGCGCAACUCAGUGAAAGAGACGCUUCACUCAGACCUGGUUAUGUGUCCUCUCAUGGCCAUUAUCACUUUUGCCAUCAGUGCCAGCACUGUCUUCAUCGCUCUGCAGCCUGCUCUCAGUUUUGUCCUGUACAUCUUGGCUGGUGUGGUAGGGUUCUUAACACACUACCUCCUGCCUCAACUCCGCAAACAACUGCCCUGGUUUUGCUUGGCCCACCCUGUGCUACGCUCCAGAGAAUACAGCCAGUUUGAGGUCCGGGAUGCUGCUCAACUGAUGUGGUUUGAGAAGUUGUACGCUUGGCUGCAGUGUGUGGAGAAGUAUUUCAUCUACCCGGCUGUAGUGCUCAACUCCCUAACCACUGAAGCUCACACUGUCAGCCAAAGCCCUGAUAAACCCGGUGCCUAUGGCUGUGCUCUGUUCAUCUCAGUGGCUGGAAUGAAACUACUCCGUUCGUCCUUCUGUGUCCCGUCUCAGCAGUAUGUCACUCUGUGCUUUACUGCCCUCUUCUUUCAGUUUGACUACCCACGCUUUUCUCAGACCUUCCUCCUCGACUACUAUUGCAUGUCCAUCCUCUUCAGCAAGCUGUGGGAUCUGCUCUAUAAGCUGCGUUUUGUGCUGACCUACAUUGCACCUUGGCAGAUCACGUGGGGUUCUGCUUUUCAUGCCUUCGCUCAGCCAUUCGCUGUGCCCCACUCAGCCAUGCUGUUUGUGCAAGCCGUGUUUUCAGCUCUCUUUUCCACUCCUCUCAACCCUGUGCUGGGCAGCGCAGUCUUUGUCACCUCAUACACCCGACCUGUGAAAUUCUGGGAACGAGACUACAACACCAAACGGGUGGAUCACUCUAACACACGUCUAGCCACACAGCUUGACCGCAACCCUGGUGCCGAUGACAACAACUUGAACUCUAUCUUCUACGAGCACCUGACACGCUCUCUGCAGCACUCACUUUGUGGGGACCUGCUACUGGGCCGCUGGGGAAACUACAGCACAGGAGAUUGCUUCAUCCUGGCCUCAGACUACCUCAACGCUCUUGUACACAUCAUUGAAAUCGGCAAUGGCCUUGUCACUUUCCAGCUCAGAGGCCUUGAAUUCAGGGGUACAUAUUGUCAGCAAAGGGAGGUGGAGGCGAUCACUGAAGGGGUUGAGGAAGAUGAAGGCUGCUGCUGCUGUGAGCCAGGGCAUCUCCCCCACAUGCUCUCCUUCAAUGCAGCGUUUGGCCAACGCUGGCUGGCUUGGGAGGUGGCCGCCACUAAAUAUGUGCUGGAGGGCUACAGCAUCAGUGACAACAAUGCAGCCUCCAUGCUUCAAGUGUUCGACCUUCGCAAGAUUCUCAUCACAUAUUACGUCAAGAGCAUCAUCUACUAUGUAAUCCACUCACCCAAAUUGGAGGAAUGGCUGGCCAAUGAGUCGGUGCAGGAAGCGUUGAGGCCCUGCCUUAGCCCUUCCUAUGUGGACAGCGACCCCACCUUCAACCUAAACAUUGAUGAAGACUAUGACCACUGUGCUUCAGGAAUCACUCCCUCCUCCUUUUGCUUGGUGUACCUGGAAUGGAUUAAAUACUGCAACAGCCGCAGACAAACGCCAGUCGAGAGUGAAAAAGACUCCCCUCUGGUCACUCUUUGUUUUGGGUUGUGUAUUCUGGGCCGUCGAGCUCUGGGUACUGCCUCCCACAGCAUGUCUGCCAGCUUGGAACCGUUUCUCUAUGGCCUUCAUGCUCUAUUCAAGGGCGACUUUCGCAUCACCUCUCCUAGAGACGAGUGGGUUUUUGCAGACAUGGACUUACUGAACAGGGUGGUAGCUCCAGGUAUUCGGAUGUCCCUCAAACUACACCAGGAUCACUUCACCUCUCCUGAUGAGUAUGAGGAUCCAGUGGUACUGUAUGAUGCCAUAACAGCUAAUGAGGAAAAGAUGCUGAUCUCUCAUGAGGGUGACCCUGUGUGGCGCAGUGCCAUCUUGGCCAACAUGCCUUCUCUGCUGGCUCUCCGACACGUCAUGGACGAUGGCAGUGAUGAGUACAAGAUCAUCAUGCUGAACAAACGCUUCCUCAGCUUCAGAGUCAUCAAGGUGAACCGAGAGUGCGUGCGUGGGCUGUGGGCCGGGCAGCAGCAGGAGCUGGUCUUCCUGCGGAACCGGAACCCUGAGCGUGGCAGCAUCCAGAACGCCAAGCAAGCCUUGAGAAAUAUGAUUAACUCGUCUUGUGACCAGCCCAUCGGAUACCCCAUCUAUGUGUCUCCACUCACCACUUCCUAUGCCGGGGCUCAUGCUCAGCUGCACUCAGUUUGGGGAGGACCCAUCAGCCCCCGCAACAUUUACACCUGGUUCAUCAGUAGCUGGGACAGGCUUCAGAAGGGUUGUGGUGCCGGCUGUAACAGUGGUGGCAAUAUUGAGGAUUCAGACUGUGGGGGCGGCUCUACCUCAAUCACUAACAACCCUGCAGUUCAUCCUCCCCAGAGCACAGUGCCCAGCAUCCCUCUGCCUUAUCCCACCACUGUACUGCCCACAAUGGGGACUGACAACCCUGUUGGACCUUCUUGGCCUUUGCAUCCCCAGCCCCUCCCACUUGCCCUGCUUAGCCAGUCAGAGGGCAGGAUGGAUGCAGGGCUGGUUAGCUCCUUGCAACGCACUACUUCCAUCCAUGGGCUUUUAGGAGGGCCGAUGUCUAGCUCCCAGCUGUCUUUCAGUGGCUCAGUGGCACUACCACCUGCAGACCGCUUUUGCACCAGUAGCCUGCAGGACAGCUCCUGCCACAGGGUGUCUCAGAGGGGCCUGAGCCUAGGUCAUGGCAGCGGGCUGCCCUAUGAAGCCCUGUACAGUAAAUGGAGUCUAUCUGGGAGGAAGGGAUUCAAUGGACCUGCUGCAAUGGAGGGGGAUGGUUCAGCAACACAGAGCAUACGCACACCGCCUACACAGCCUCCCUUACCUGUCCUCCCCUUUGAUGUCAGCCCAACACUGGAUCCGAUAGGAGCUGGCUUACCCUCGGAGACCACGCCCCUUACAUCAGACUCUCUCAGUGCACGGGAGGAAUCUACAGAACUCCCUUUACUUGAGCACCUCCGCUGAGCCUACACAGAGACUAACCUGCUUAGCAAGACCAGUACAGCUGGGAUCAGCCUAUGGCCAUUCUAGCCAACUUCUCUUUAACCAGAUGUCGAGAGCUGGAAGGAAUUUCCCUGUACAGAGUCUAGAUGAUCUUCUCAAUGUCUUUAUGAUUAAAGCAUCUUCAGUUCUGGUCUCACAAAGCUUCUGAAAUGGAAGCAUACCAGAAAAGAGUGCUGCCUAAGUACCAUUUGCAUUUGUGCCCUGGUAAGAUCGCUUUGGGCCAAGCUUUUCCUAAGCUUCUUUGGCCGCUGUUUUGGCCUCAAGGCUUCAAAGCCAAAAAAAGUGGCUAGUCAGUGCAAUCUGAAGGGAUUAUUCUUGAAAUGGAGGGACAGGUCAUUCAAAUCAGUGCAACUCCGUGACCUGUGCACCCACCAGCUGUAACAAAAAGGGAACUCUCCUCUGUAGCAGCCUUUAAUUUACAUAAACUUUUGUCUUUCCCUUCAUGCAUUCAGUCCAUAUAUGUUGCUAAAGCCUUCAGCUGAGCAUCAGCUUUCUGAGGCUAGAGGAUUUCUCUUCCUUUAAGUCCAGUGUUGAGACUUCUCACAUCUACCACUGUCCUUUCAAGACUAAAGGACUUAAUUCUCCCUCAGUGACCCUGCAGUUCAUAGCUCACACAUUCCAAAAGACAUUUGAUUAGCUAGUUCAGCAUCAACGACCCUUCAAAUAGCUCAUCAUGCGCUCUCAUUCGUAAACAACAAACCAUGACCAUUCUUCAGCGAGCAUCAGGGAUAAUAAUUGUAUUAAGAAACAACGGUUUUUCACAAACAUGCAUACACUUCUCCCAGCAUGUGGUGCUCGUCCUUGCAUAGUUUACAGCCAGCUCAGGUGAGGACACAGUGAAGUGUAGAAGAAUCGAACUGCGUAGAAUUGGUUAUCUAAUGCUGGUGGGCCACCAGACAAGAGGAGAUCAUUUUUUUAGUUGGCCUAAAGUUUCAUUUCUUCCAUUAUACAUAACCCAGAAUGACAACUCUCUCUUCUGCCCCCAACUACUUCUAAGAAAAUGGGAUCUGAACAUGGUAUAGUGAGUGGCAGUGCAUGCGAGGUCUUCCUGGUCUCCUGCUUUCCUGCUGCUGUGAGUGCCUACAUUACUACUGCUACUGCACCACCCCUUCUACUACUAAUUUAACUAACCAAACUACUGCUCCCUUUUACUCCUAAACUCCAGCGUUUUAGUUGGAAGAAAUUAAGGGGGAAGAACAACAAUAAUAUACCGAUUAUGAAGACAGAUAUAGCAUAUUUAUUUGAUUGCUGACCUCAAAUGGAGAGAGUGGCUGGGUUUGUUGAUUGUCAUGUGCUGAUACUUGUUGGACGAGUACUGAGACGAUGCUUUGAUUUCAGCUGUACCCCCUGCCCUACCACCCCCUUUUUUCUUGAAUCCAACUGAUGUCAUUGUGAUCUUUUUGUGUGUAUAAUACAACUGGAAUGUUAGACGUCAUUCUUUUGUCACAUAUCUGCUGUUCCAGCAUGGGGGAAUUAAGCUCAGACUGCCUGCUGUGGAAAGCAUGGCACUUACUGCCUCUAUUACAACAUGCAUAUCAAAUAUUUGCAGUCAAACAAUUUACGAUCAACAUUAUGCCUGGAAUAGCUACAUUGUAUCUAUUUAAAAGAGCUUGAAAUAUCCCACAGGCUGUUUAAAGUCUGCAAAAUCAGGGAUAGUUUGCCCAAAAAUAACAAAUCCGUCAUUUGAUUACUCAACCUUAUGUCGCUCCAAACCUUUAUGACUAUGGAACACAAAAGGAGACGAGGGAAUGUUGACUGAGGCUGGCAUUAUUUCCUUUGUCGUUCCACAGAUGAAAAAGUCAUACAGCUUUGGAACAAUAUGAGGGUUUGCAAAUGAAGACAAUUUUUAUGUUUGGCAAAACUGACCCUUUAGUACUCUUUCUUUAAGAUGAUUGACAUGACCAAGCUGUGCUCUCCUCUGGCUUGUACAUUGUAUGGUUUGAGAGGCAGUAUGUGGGGGGCCGCCAUGGGAAAAUGGUGCCUUAGAAUUUGUCACAGUGAUCAGAUAGAAAAGAAUAGUUAAAGAACUUAAUCAUGAGCUGUUUUUGCUGUAGAUUUAAUUAAUUUAGCUCACACUGAAUUCAUCCAGUUCAUUAAUUCAUGCUCUCAUGUAAACCACUGAUUAAUACAUUUAAAACACUGCAAAUAUAGAGUUUGCUCUCCUGCCAUCACACACAGACUGGUAUCACAAGUGGUUUGAACACUAGACAAGAAGUCUUUUAAAGUUAAGCCUAGUCUAUUCCCCAAUCUGCACUCUCUCGUGUUUCUGAACUGUCCACUUCUUUCCAGCAACACACAUGGGUCAGUCUAUGGCCUUUACCAAUGGACUUGUAACAGCUAUUGAGUGCUUCGCUUGAGUCAGGGCUGGGCUGAGGCUGACUGACCAUCUUUUUUUUUCAUCUGGACAAUUUCUCUGGGUUUCUCUUCUCAUCUUUAGGGUGAUUUUUUUUUUAUUUAUUUUUUUUUCAAAGCUACAGGAAGUACUUCUCUUACUUUGAGAAAGCACAAGUUAAUGGAUCGUCCUGGGUGUCGGUGAUUAAAAGGGAUCUAACCAAUCUUUGCCAUAUAUGUACAGCAUGUUUUGUAUAUAAAUAUAUUUAAAAUAUAUAUAAAUCUAUUUUAUUAUUAUUGGAUUUCUGGUUAUUUUUCAAUGGAAGACACUACUUUGAGUCUUAGAGGAGCCAUGCUUCAGUGUAUCUGCUUGCCGAGAAGUCUGGCUCUCUCAACAUAGAAUCAUGAAGUUUGGGGAAUGAAUCAGUUAAUACUGCUUUUGCACAUCUAUUGUAAAAUAGUACACCAUCCCAUAUUUUGUUUUACUUAUUAUUUUUGUUUUAAAGGGGAUUGUUUUAUUUAAAAACUGUUAUUCAAUAUUCAAAGUUAUGUACAGUUUUUUUUUAUGAGAUUUUCUCCCCCUCCCCUCCUAUUUAAAUUAAAGCAUUUUUUGU